AUGUGGACUCAGGUUGUGGGCUCCAACAAGCCUAUCAUGGAAUGCAGCCUGUUCUGUAAAGGGGAAAAGAUCCAUCGCCCAGGAAUGCUGGACACAGGAGCGGACGUUACCAUCAUUGCCCAUUCCGAGUGGCCAGCCAACUGGGAAUUGCGGCCUGUGGUGGGGAUGAUUUUGGGAAUUGAGGGAGUGGCAGUAUCUAUGAGAAGCAGGCACAAUGUAAUAGUAGAAGGUCCCGAGGGAAAAAUGGCGACCAUCCAGCCAUUUGUUGGAUUUUUAGUGGGGGUCACUGAAGAACGCGCUAAGCCCACCAUCCCCCAACUCACCUGGAAACAACACCAUCCAGUGUGGGUUGAUCAGUGGCCCCUUUCCAAAACCAAACUGCAAAUACUAGAAGCCCUCGUGGAGGAACAGCUCGCCAAGGGCCACAUUACAGAGACCAACAGCCCUUGGAACUCCCCUGUCUUUGUUUUAUGCAAACCAGGCAAAGACAGGUGGAGACUCCUCUAUGACCUCCGAAAAAUCAAUGAGGUCAUUGAGGAUAUGGGCCCCCUCCAGCCUGGUAUGCCCUCACCUUCCAUGCUUCCUCGGGACUGGAAGCUUGCAAUCAUAGACAUCAAAGAUUGCUUUUUUAACAUCCCUCUCCAUCCUCGAGACGCCCCCAGGUUUGCAUUUUCAGUUCCCUCCCCAAACAGACAGGCGCCUCUAAAAAGGUACCAUUGGCUUAUUCUCCUGCAAGGGAUGAAAAAUUCUCCCACCAUCUGCCAAUGGUACGUAGCCCACAUCCUAUCUGUGGUGAGGGUCCUGUUCUCAGACGCAGUUAUAUUACAUUACAUGGAUGACAUCUUGGUUUGUGCCACUGAUGAUGACUACCUCCACCGGACUUUGCAAAAGACUAUAAAGACAAUUGAGGACGCUGGGUUUGAGAUCCACGAAGACAAAGUCCAGUGCACCUGCCCUCGGACCUACCUUGGACUCCGGAUUCAUGAACGGACCGUCGUGCCCCAGCAGCUGACCAUCAGAGACUACCCCAAGACCCUGCGGGACCUACAUCAGCUCUGCAGGUCCAUCAACUGGGUAUGUCCUCUGCUUGGGAUAACGACAGAAGUCCUCGCCCCCCUCUUCAAUCUGCUCUGCGGCAGCGAGGAAGGACCUUGA